GCCGAGAAGGGCCGCUAGGGGCGCUGCGGAAUUUAAACUCCUCGCACAGCUCGCUCGGACGCUGCUUGCACCAUGAGGGGCUCCGGCGCGGUCCAGCUGCAGCUGCUCCUGCUCCUGGCCUUUUGGAGUCCCGCGGUGGCUCAAACUUCAGAGACUUCUAUCCCAUCAGAAAAUAUCAGUGAGAAAACUACAGAAAUUUCUACACCGACAACUUUGGAAUUCUCCAGCACAGCAGGUCCUUCUUCCAUCAUGGAAACUUUUGGUGAAGCUGAGACGCUCCCUUCCUUGAAUGAUAAAAUUAUCAUACAGGGUUUUCCCAAAGUUACUCAAACAAAAAGUAUCACAUUAGAGAGUCCAGCUGAACUUGAACUAAUGUGUAGUUUGGUCAUCAGCGACUCCACAAACACAACAAAAAUGGAAACCGUGUGGAACUCAGGAAAUGCAACUUUCAACCCAGAGACCAUCAGGAGGAAUGAAACUCACUCCAAAUGGUGCACUCGAUAUACGAUAAAAGUCAGAAGUGAAGACCAGAUGGGGAAUUACACAUGUGUUUAUAAAACUACACCAGAAAUAAAGGCUACAUUUCUUUUACAAGUGCCUCAAGUCCAUGUAAAGUCUAAGCAUAUAAUCAGUUAUGUGGGUGACACCGUGGUCUUUACUUGUGAAGUUGGCAAUGGGACAACCCACUUUAACCCAAGUUUUUGGAUCUGGUAUUCAAAUAAUGGAAGUGGAGAGGUGGUUAUUAAUUCUACCCUGAUGCCAGAGAAGUACAGCUUUAUCCAGACACAUGCAAACACAACCAAGCUGAAGAUCUUUGAUACCUCUGAAUUAGAUACCAGUUCUUACUGGUGCAAAGCUGUAUUUCUACUAGGUGAAAGCAAAGGAGAAGUAUCUCUCAAAGUCCUGACGUAUCUAACACCUCUCAAACCAUUCCUUGUAAUAGCUGCUGAAGUUAUCAUUUUAGUAGCACUUAUUUUUAUCUAUGAAGUAUUCUCCAAAAAGAAAGAAGCAAACACUGAAGUUGAAAAAGAAUUCGAACAAAUAGAAACAUUGAAAUCAGAAGACAGCAAUGGUAUGGAAAAUAGUACUACCCGGCAUAGGAACGUCUAAAUCUCUUGUGAAAUAUGGUAAGUUAGAAGGUAAAAUGAGAAGAAAUACCAAGACCGCACUGGAUAAAAAAACUUUCUGAAACAGUGGAACUGUAUUUACUUGGUUUCUAAUGAUGGACUUCUAGGUGUCUUAAAAAUACUGCUUUUAAAUGCCUUUUUAAAAAAAUAAUGAAUGUAUUAAAUAAUGCUAAUGUCAUACAUAUUGUCCUAAAAGUUUUAGCUAAACUUAUGCUGUAGUGUAGAUUGUAUCUUUUAUAUCUGUUCAAGCCUUU